GGUGGAUCGGGAUGAGACGGACCUAUUUCCGGUGUCGGUGUGGAUGCUGUUGCAGCGGUUUUUAUUUCAGAAAAGAAUCUGAUAAAGAUGGAGUUAAAAUAAAGCGGGAGUGAAGGAAACGCACAGAGUUUACCGCGGGGCAGGAGCGCGGAUUUCUACUCUUUAUUAUCAGGAGACGAGAAAAACUCUAAACCCUGCGACUGGAAAUGAAGCUGCUGAAGCCGAGCUGGGUGGCGCACAAUGGGAAGCCGAUAUUUUCAGUAGAUAUUCACCCGGAGGGGAUGAAGUUUGCCACCGGUGGCCAAGGAGAGGAUUCAGGGAAGGUGGUGAUCUGGAACAUGGCUCCAGUUCUGCGAGAGGAGGAUGAGAAAAAUGAGAAUGUUCCAAAGUUAUUGUGUCAGAUGGACAACCACUUAGCGUGUGUAAACUGUGUGCGAUGGUCCAACAGUGGUCUGUAUCUGGCCUCAGGGGGAGACGACAAACUUAUCAUGGUGUGGAAGAAAGCAGCGUUAAUAGGUUCAACUCCAGUGUUUGGUUCUAGCAGUAAACUGCCCAAUGUGGAGCAAUGGAGGUGUGUGACCAUCCUGAGGAAUCACACAGGAGAUGUGAUGGAUGUUGCCUGGUCUCCUCAUGACUUGUGGCUCGCUUCCUGCAGUGUCGAUAACACCAUUGUUAUCUGGAAUGCACGGAAAUUUCCAGAGAUGGUGACUCUCUCAGGUCACUCGGGCCUGGUAAAGGGAUUGUCGUGGGAUCCUGUAGGGAAAUAUGUGGCAUCUCAGGCAGAUGAUCACAGCCUGAAAGUGUGGAGAACCAUCGACUGGCAACUGGAGGCCAACAUCACCAAACCUUUCUCUGAGUGUGGAGGAACUACUCAUGUUCUGCGUCUCAGCUGGUCCCCUGAUGGUCAGUACUUGGUUUCUGCUCAUGCGAUGAAUAACUCUGGUCCCACAGCACAGAUCAUCGAGCGUGAUGGCUGGAAGACCAACAUGGACUUUGUGGGACAUCGUAAAGCCGUCACUGUAGUGAAAUUUAACCCAAAGAUCUUUAAGAAGAAACCGAGGAACGGAAGCUCAUCCAAGCCCACUAAUCCCUACUGCUGCUGUGCAGUGGGCAGUAAAGACCGCUCACUCUCCGUCUGGCUGACCUCGUUGAAGCGCCCUCUGGUGGUCAUUCAUGAUCUUUUUGACAAAUCCAUCAUGGACAUCAGCUGGACGUUGAAUGGUUUGGGGUUGUUGGUGUGUUCGAUGGAUGGCACAGUGGCCUUUCUGGAUUUCUCUCAGGAUGAGCUCGGAGAUCCUCUUAAUGAAGAGGAGAAGAAUACUAUCCACCAGAAGAUGUACGGUAAGAGUUUGGCCAUCACCAUGGAAACGCAGCUCUGCUCGACUAUUAUUGAAAAUCCAGAGAUGCUAAAGUACCAGCAGGAGACCAGAAUCUCCAGCGGGACCCUGGGGUCCAGCACAGAAACCCCGCUCCCUAAACUCAGCAGCGUGGUGAACGGCCAAUCACUCGAGGACAUCAGGAAGAAUCUGCUGAAGAAACAGGUGGAGACCAGAACUGCUGAUGGGCGGAGAAGAAUCACACCACUGUGUAUCGCACAACUGGACACAGGGGACUUCUCCCCCGCUCUGUUUAACAGUGUACCCAUCAUGCCCGGCUCGUCAGUCACCCAGCUGUCGUCCGACUCGAAUACGUCACUCAGCCUCAGGGUCACACACGACCCACCGGCUCCGUCCCAAACCAAACCUGCUCAGGAUGCAGCGGUUUUGUCCCAAUCCAAGAGCACCACUGACAACAAGGACGGCACACUGAAGUCUCCUCUGCUGCUCACUGCAGCUUCCAGGAUUGAGCCGAUGAAGGCCUUGGAUUCACGCUUCACUGAGAGAUCAAAGGUCACACCGGGGGUCAGCAGUUUAAAUGCUGCUGUAAACACUUCACCUGUGGACAGACUAAAGGAUGGUGGUGGAGGAAAGACUGAUGGACUGAAGGACUGGAAGGGACGAGAUGACUCGAGCAGUGACAGUGAGGAUAAGGUGGUACAGAAGGUAGUGCCCCCUUCGGCCAAGCGCAGGAAUGACAUGGACGGCGGAGAAGUGGUGGAGAAACGGAAGAAGGGACGACCCAGGAAAGACUCCAAGCUGAUGAUGGGUCAGUUGGGGGUUCAGACUCCGGUUCCAGUGGAGAAAGAGACAUCACGAGUAUCAGCUCCUGUCACAGUGAUAAAACUCCACACACCUGCAGUACAGAAAUCAUUCAGCACACAGGUGGGCUCGGACCCUGUUGUGUAUUUGGAGGUGGAUAAUGAGUUGUGUUUGGUCGCUGGUUCUCGUAUCAGUCAACUCCGCUUCAGCGCUAAUGGCCGUGAGUGGAACAUGGUUCUGACUAGCCGCAUUGUCAUGGCAACGGCCAGCAGCGACGUGGUUGCCGUGGUGUGUGAGGAUCGAACACUCUCGGUUUUCUCUGCGUGUGGGCGGAGAGUCGUCCCUCCCAUUGUUCUGUCUGCACCAAUUACAGCUCUGCAUUGCUCCGCCCACUUUGUGAUGGCACUGACUGUAUCAGCCACACUAUCUGUCUGGGAUGUGCAGAAGCAAGUAGCUCUGGUCAAAAAUCAGUCUCUGAACUCUCUUUUAUCAGGUUCUGAUACAGUAGUGUUCUCCAUGUUGACGGAACACGGUGUUCCUGUAGUUGCUCUGUCAAACGGCCGCUCGUAUUGCUUCAACUCUGCUAUGGAGACAUGGAAUCUGAUUGUGGAUAAACAGGACUCUCUGGUUCAGUGUGCAGAUUUCAGUAGCUGUGUUACUUCCCAUGAUGCACUGGGCUGCACUGGGCCCCUCGCCACCACUCAGGGUCGGAACCUGAGUGCUGGACGGUUAGCGUCUCGUCUUUCGUCCACUCCUCAUCACGUUCAGCAGGUGAUGACUCUGUCGUUCCUGGAGAAUCAGCUUUCCUCCGCUUUAAUCCUUCACUCCACUAACGAGUACAGACACUGGCUGCUCAUCUACACCCGAUUCCUGGUCAACGAGGGUUAUGAGCAACGGUUGAGGGAGCUUUGUAAGGAUUUAUUGGGGCCAGUGCAUAAAUCCAGCAGCAGUGCGUGGGAGUCGAAGGUGCUGGGUGUGAGUAAGAGAGACCUACUGAUGGACGUCCUGCCUGUGGUGGGACAGAACCUGCGAUUUCAGCGUCUCUUCACUGAGUAUCAGGACCAACUGGAGCUGCUCCGACCCAAAUCACACCUGUAGCUCCGCCCAAAAUGCACACAUAGCCAUGCCUAUUCCAGCAAAACCACACCCACUUUAUAUGAUCAUACCUCCAUAAGUGGUACAGAGUGUGAAUCUUCUCUCUCUCUCUCUUUCAUUCUCUCUUUCAUUCUCUCUUUCCUCUCUCUCUCUCUCUCUCUCUCUCUCUCUGGAUUUGUGUACAUGGCUAUGAUUGACAUGGCUAUGAUUAAAACUCCACCCCUGGUCAGUUUUUGUAUUGUACGUUUGUAAACAUUUUUUUUUCCCUUUUUGUAUGAAAUGAAUCAACAAACAAAAAUUUAGAAAUAAACAGUUGAUUAAUUCCAUA